UGCCAUUCCUGAAGUGCAAACUGUACGAGAAGCCGCGUUCUCGCGUUCUGCAGAAUCUAGCUCACAGACAGGGCUUGAGACAUGCCAUCAAUACGAAUAAAAAGAGCGUUUUCGUGGGCCAAUGGAAGGACAGCAAGAAGGAAAGUACGUUGCUUAUGGUUAUGAUGUUAUUUGGAUUGUUGAUGGUGCAUUUUAGGUUUGGGUAGUAUGCAGAUGAAGAGCAAAAAGUACUACGAGGGUAAUUGGUCAGGAAAUUAUCCGAACGGAUUCGGCAUAGCCGCGGCUAAGGACGUCGAAAAUGUGCUUGUUUUGGAGUACAGGGGAAAUUGGGAGGACGGAUUUUACAAUGGGUACGGGGAGAGGCAUUAUCCGGAUCACAGUUAUUACAAGGGGUACUUCCGGUGCAACAAGCGACACGGAUAUGGACAGUAUUGGAUGGCCGAUGGAGCCUUCUACGACGGAGAUUGGGCCAACGAUGUGAAGCACGGGUUAGGUAUGUACGUGUAUCCGGAUGGUAACAGGUACGAGGGUGGCUGGAAGAACGACCUCAAGCAUGGACGAGGACGGUACUUUCAUCUGCACGUCGGAGAAAUGCAGGAAGGAGUCUGGGUCAAGGAUAUCUGCGUUACCAGUCAUUUGGUCUACAUUCCCUACUACGAGAUCUGCUGUUGCCCAGGAGAAUACCUCAUGCAACUGUUGGAGUUGAAGGAUCCGGAUAUGGUGUGCAAGAUGGCCGAGGAUAGAGCAUUGGGGGAGGACAGCGAAGAUAAUCUUCAAGAAUCGCUGGACUCCAGCGAGAAAUCAUUGAACACUCUAUAAGAAAAUCCCUCCAAAUUUCAUUUAUUUUCUCACGAUCAAAUCGACGUACAAUACAAAAAAAUC